UUAUUGGUGGAUGGUGGGUGAAUGAUUGUAUAUUUUUUGUGGGAAUACGGUAUUGUAAUGUUGUAUAAAAAUUAACACGAAUUAGUGUUUUAUGUGAUCGAGUGCGAUAAUAAUCGUUGUAUUUUUAUCAUUUUAAAAGUAAAGUGUCAAUCAGUUUUGUGUUGAAUAUUCGUUGGUCAAAAACUGUGUUAUGAAUUGAACUUUUCGUACGAAAAGAUCGGAUCCUACUGCUCGAGCUUAUGCCGAAAUUAUAAAACUUGAUCAUCUCUCAGAUUAAAUGGAGCAAGAAUCAAAUGCCACUUGGGUGGAAGGCGCUAUAGGCGCAGUGAAAGCUAUCACGUUUAUAUGCGAUGUGAUCACAUAUCCUGUAUAUCUUUUACUACAAAGACCAUGGGAGAAAAGACGACAGUCGUCCAAACCAAAGGGUAAAAUAAUUUCGGCUGAUCAAAAAGCAAUCACCGUUCGAACCCUGGCGACGCCUCAAGAAAGUCAUACGUUAUUGGUGAAAAAUGAAAUCGACACGAUGGAAAAAGUAUUACGUUACGCGGUGAAAAAAUACCCCGAUAAGAAAUGCUUGGGAACGAGGGAAAUUCUGGCCGAAGAAGACGAAGAACAGCCAGACGGAAGGAUUUUCAAAAAGUAUAAAAUGGGCGACUACAUCUGGACAUCGUUUUCGGAAACCGACGUAAUCGCCGCGAAUUUCGGUAAAGGCCUCGUUGCCUUGGGACAAGAACGAUACAAGAACAUCGUUAUUUUCGGAGAAACACGUGCUCAGUGGCUAAUCGCUGCUCAAGCAUGUUUCAAACAGAAUUUCCCAGUUGUUACCAUUUACGCGACCCUGGGAGAAGACGCUAUUGCGCAUGGAAUAAACGAAACCGAAGUAUCGUUCGUCAUCACGACGCACGAUUUGUUGCCAAAAUUUAAAAACAUCCUGAAAUUCACUCCCAAGGUGAAAACGAUCAUUUAUAUGGAAGAUCAGUUAUCAGAGACCGAUACCACUGGAUUACGAGAAGAUGUCAACGUCAUCGCAUUCAAAGAAGUCAUCAAAAAAGGAGAAUCGCUUAAAAUUGAAAAUUCGCCUCCUAAAUCAACCGAUACUGCUAUAAUUAUGUACACGAGCGGUUCAACGGGUGUUCCAAAAGGUGUAAUAUUAACUCACGAAAACAUUGUUAGCACAUUGAAAGGAUUCUCGGACGCUGUUCCAAUUAAAUCGAACGAUAUUUAUUUAGCAUAUUUACCAUUAGCUCACGUAUACGAAUUAUUAUCAGAAUACAUGUGUCUAUUUUCUGGUGUUCCUAUCGGAUACUCGACGCCUUUGACCAUGGUAGACACGUCUAGUAAAAUUAUGCGUGGCACGAAAGGAGACGCGUCAGUGUUAAGGCCAACUAUUAUCACAGCAGUACCGUUAAUUUUAGAUCGAAUUUACAAAGGCAUUAAUGAUAAACUAAAUCACGGCCCCGCUGUUAAAAAGUCUUUGUUUUAUUUCGCCUACAAUUACAAAAAGAAGUGGGUUAGGAAAGGAUUUUCCACUCCGCUUAUCGACAGCGUUAUAUUUAGUCAAGUUAAACAAGCUUUGGGAGGAAGGGUACGAAUAAUUGUCUCUGGCGGAGCUCCACUGUCUCCCGACACGCACGAAUUUAUUAAAACCUGUUUAUGUAAUACUGUUGUCCAAGGAUAUGGCUUGACAGAAACUUGCGCCGCAGCUACAGCCAUGGAUUUGGACGAUAUGACUAUGGGUCGAGCUGGAUCGCCGUUGACCGUUUGCGAUAUUAGAUUAACCGAUUGGGAUGAAGGAAAUUAUAGAGUAUGUGAUAAGCCCUAUCCGAGAGGUGAAAUUAUCAUAGGAGGAAACAACGUAUCGCCAGGAUAUUAUAAAUUAGAUGACAAAACCAAAGAAGACUUCUUUACCGAAGAUGGUUGUAGAUGGUUUAAAACCGGAGAUAUCGGCGAAUAUCAUCCAGAUGGUGUUAUUAAAAUUAUCGAUCGUAAGAAAGAUUUAGUCAAAUUACAAGCCGGCGAAUACGUAUCUUUAGGCAAAGUAGAAACUCAACUAAAAACGUGUCCGGUCGUUGAAAACAUCUGCGUUUACGGUGACGCCCGAAAAGACUACACGGUCGCAUUGAUCGUUCCGAAUCCGGUCACGUUGAAGGAAAUCGGAGAAAAAUACGGAUUCGACAAAGAAACAUCGAUAGAUCAAUUAUGCGAAGAUUCCAGAGUCGAAAGAGAAGUAUUACAUCAAGUUGUCAUGCAUGGUAAAAAAUGUAAAUUACAAAAAUUCGAAAUUCCGGCCGCCAUUAAAUUAUGUAAAGAAGUAUGGUCUCCCGACAUGGGCUUGGUAACCGCUGCUUUCAAACUGAAGAGGAAAGAAAUCCAAGAACGAUACCAGCACGAAAUAAAUCGCAUGUACGCGUCCUGAUCGUAAAACCAGUCGGAAUUGCUUAGUGUAACCAUCCGACGCCCGCUUUUGCAAAAUAGUUAUAAGACAAUCUUGUAUAUAAGAAUGCUAUUUUUAUAAUAGGAAGGUUUUAGGAAAAAAAAAUAUUGUACCGGAGGUAAAACGCAAUGUAUAAAGGGUACUCGCAUCGACCCACAAAAAAUAUAAAUUUUUCGCUCAAUGUAUUUGUAUAAAAAUAAUGUAUGUACUUAAGUGAUGAAAUUAUUUUAUUUACGCCGAUUGUUUUUAGUACAAAAGAAGUGCGCUAAUAUCUAUUAAGUUAGUACUAGUAACAAUUAGGUUUCAUUUAUUCUUUUUUUUUCUCGAUAUUUAUCUGUGAUAGUUUAUUUAUUCUUUUAAAUUUUCUUCUUCUUUUUUUUUUUGUAGUGCUAUUUUCUUUUACGCGAAGUAGUAGUAUUAUCAACGAACAAAUAUGCUCGAUAAGGAGUUCGUAUAUUCAACGACGAGUUCGUGUAAACAAAACACUCGAGAUUGAUGUGUAAUGGUUUUUCUUUUUGUGGAAUGUGAAUUAUUGUAUUACGCCUAUGAAAUUAAUUUCGAUGGAUAAUUUUUACGUUUGGUCGAAUUUGGUAUGUUUUGUUAUGGAGUGGCUUGCGAUGAUGUAAUAGAUUUUUAAUUAAUGUGUUUUUUUGUUUUUGUUUAAAUGAUUCGAUUUUGAAUUCAUCGUACGAACGUAAGCGCACGAUUACCUCUUUGCUACUAAAAUUUUGUAUAAAUGUACGCAUAAGUUUUUACAAUUUCAAUUAUGGUGUUGGUAUAUUUACGUGUUGUAUCUGAGAAGAAAAAAAAUCGUCUAUUACGGAAAUACUACAAUUUUGUUUCUUAUAUAAUGCUGUACAAAGUAGUUACUGAGCUUAUUAUUCAACGUGACGUUUUUAAUUUUAAUUUUCAAAUUGCCAAUUGAACGUUGUAAAUUGUACUUAAUUUUUAUUAUAUUUUUUUCCUCUUUUUUUUUUGUUCAAAUUAUACGUACGUAUUUUAUAUUAUAAUGAAUUGUAAAAAAAAAAAAAAUUAUAACUGUAAUGUAUAUUAAUGUUGGAAAAGCGUCAAGUGCUGAGUUUUAUAUCAAUUUAGGCAAUAUAUGUGCAUAUCUAUGUGUUUAAUUAAUACUAAUGAGCUGCGUUUAUAAUAUUUAUUUACGUGCGGUUUGUUUCGUUUUAUUGAGAUUUUUACAUCGUGAACUGUUUUAUUUACAUAAAUGUGUUGUGAUUGAGUUUGGUACAUUAUAUAGCGUUGAAAAAAUAA